CCCGCCGCCGCCGCCGCCGCCGCCCCUGGUGCGAUGGCGCAGAAACCCCGUUGACAAGGCACUGCUUUUUCAUGACGUUGUCAUGGAUGAUGACGAUGACUCGUGUCUCCUUGAUCUUAUUGGAGACCCACAAGCAUUGAACUAUUUUCUACACGGACCUAGUAGUAAAUCGAGCAGCGAUGACUUGACGAGUGCAGGAUAUUCUGCAGCCAAUUCAAAUUCAAUUUUCGCCAACUCCACGAAUGCCGACCCUAAAUCGACCCUCAAAGGCGUAAGUAGUCAGCUUGGAGAAGGGCCCAGUGAUGGACUUCCGCUGUCCAGUAGCCUUCAGUUUCUAGAAGAUGAACUUGAGUCCUCCCCUCUCCCUGAUCUCAGCGAGGACCAACCGUUUGACAUUCUUCAGAAAUCCCUGCAGGAGGCUAACAUCACUGAGCAGACGCUGGCAGAAGAGGCGUACCUGGAUGCCAGCGUAGGCUCCAGCCAGCAGUUCGCACAGGCCCAGCUUCAUCCUUCUUCAUCAGCAUCCUUUUCUCAGGCUUCUAAUGUUUCUAAUUACUCAGGUCAGACACUGCAGCCUAUCGGGGUGACCCACGUGCCUGUUGGAGCAUCGUUUGCAAGCAAUACAGUGGGUGUGCAACAUGGCUUUAUGCAACACGUGGGGAUCAGUGUUCCCAGCCAGCAUUUGCCUAAUAGCAGCCAGAUUAGUGGCUCUGGUCAGAUACAGUUAAUCGGGUCAUUUGGUAAUCAGCCUUCCAUGAUGACUAUUAAUAACCUAGAUGGCUCUCAAAUCAUAUUGAAAGGCAGUGGGCAGCAAGCUCCAUCCAAUGUGAGCGGAGGCCUUCUUGUCCACAGACAGACUCCUAAUGGCAACUCUUUGUUUGGGAGCUCCACGUCCAGUCCCGCAGCGCAGCCUCUCACUGUUCCUUUUAACAGCACAAAUUUUCAGGCACCUUUACCUGUGCAUAACAUCAUUAUUCAAAGGGGUCUUGCACCAAAUUCAAAUAAAGUCCCAAUUAAUAUCCAGCCCAAGCCGGUCCAGAUGGGUCAGCAGAGUCCAUACAGUGUGAACAACCUGGGAAUCCAGCAGCACCGUGCACAGCAGGGGGUCUCCUUCGCCUCUGCAAGCUCGCCCCAGGGCUCCGUGGUUGCUCCACACAUGUCUGUGAACAUCGUCAACCAACAGAACACACGGAAGCCUGUCCCCUCACAGGCAGUGAGCAGCGCAGGGGGCAGUAUUGUCAUUCAUUCCCCCAUGGGCCAGCCUCACACCCCCCAAAGUCAGUUCCUUAUACCUACAAGCCUUGCCGUCAGCUCCAACUCGGUACACCACGUCCAGACCAUAAAUGGGCAACUUCUUCAGACUCAGCCCUCUCAGCUCAUCUCUGGCCAAGUGGCCUCAGAGCAUGUCAUGUUAAACAGGAAUUCUUCUAACAUGCUCAGGACCAACCCACCGUAUUCCGGACAGAUGCUCAACAACCAGAAUGCCGCCGUCCAGUUGGUGUCUGGGCAGACUUUCUCCACCUCCGGAAGUCCAGUGAUAGUCAACCAUGCCUCUCCUCAGAUCGUCGGAGGACAGAUGCCGCUGCAGCAGGCCUCGCCAACGGUGUUACACCUGUCACCCGGGCAGAGCAGUGUUUCCCAAGGAAGGCCAGGCUUCAGCACCAUGCCCUCAGUGACCAGCAUGUCAGGACCUGCUCGGUUCCCUGCCGUCAGCUCAGCCAGCACUGCCCAUCCUAGUGUUGGGUCUACAGUGCAGUCUGGGGCAUCGGGAUCAAACUUUACGGGAGACCAGCUGACACAACCAAACAGGACUCCAGUCCCCGUCAGUCUGUCCCAUCGUCUUCCAGUCUCUUCUUCCAAACCUACCAGCACUUUCAGCAGCGCACCCGGCACUCAGCAGCAGUUCUUCUGUCAGGCUCAGAAAAAGUGUUUGAACCAGCCCUCCCCCAUUCCCACAGCCAAGACCACAGACGGCCUGAGGCAAUCACAGAUCCCUGGGCUCUUAAACACAGCACUGCCAGGACAGGAUUCCGGAAGCAAAAUUAUGCCCUUGUCCCUGGGGACCGCACAGCCACAGCAGGAAACCUCAGUUGGAUCAUCCCCUAGCCAGACAUCUGUGCAGGUGGACAGUCAUUCGGGACAGAAAAGGCCUGCUGCCAAACAGCUGACUAAAGGAGCUUUCAUCCUCCAGCAGUUACAGAGGGACCAAGCCCAUGCUGUGACACCUGACAAAAGCCAGUUCCGGUCACUGAGUGACACAGUGCAAAGACUGCUCUCCUACCACGUGUGCCAGGGCUCCAUGCCCACAGAGGAAGACCUGAGGAAAGUGGACAAUUAAUUUGAAGAAGUUGCCACUCAGCUCCUCAAAAGGACCCAAGCUAUGCUGAACAAAUACAGAUUCCUGCUCCUAGAAGACGCCAUGAGGAUCAACCCCUCUGCUGAGAUGGUGAUGAUUGACAGGAUGUUCAACCAGGAGGAGAGAGCUUCUCUGUCGAGGGACAAGCGACUGGCGCUCGUAGAUCCUGAGGGUUUUCAGGCCGAUUUCUGUUGUUCCUUCAAACUUGAUGAGGCUGCACCUGAGACACCACUUGACAGGAGUGACCAGCAUCGAAGCAAAACCAGCUCGCUCCAUCAGGCGCCCAGGGCCCAAAGCAGAGACCGAGCCAAGCCAGGCAUGGCAGAAGCGACGAAUCAUGACCAGUUUCAUCUAGUGCCUAACCACAUCGUGGUCUCUGCAGAGGGAAACAUUUCUAAAAAGUCAGAAGGCCACGGUAGAACACUGAAAUUUGACAAAGGGGGCUUAGGCCAAUACCGGGGUACGCCUGAGGACAAGGGCAGCCAGAGAGACCCCGCCAAGGCCAGCGGGUGCUCUCCAGGCCCCGAAGGCCACCGCAAAACCUUGCCCAGGCCGGAUCAUGGCUCUGAGAGCAAGCCCCCGGGUAUACUGGCCAGCUCGCACCUGGAGAUGCCGUGCCUCGACUCCUUCCAGGACAAAGCCCUAAGGAAUUCCCCAAAGAAUGAGGUUUUACACACAGACAUCAUGAAAGGGUCGGGCGAGCCCCAGCCGGAUCUCCAGCUCACCAAGAGCCUGGAGAAAACCUUUAAGAACAUCCUGGAACUCAAGGGGCGGCCACAGAGCGACCCCGCGGCCAGCGGCGCCGUGGACCUGGACUUCCCCAGCUUUUCUCCAAUGGCUUCGCAGGAAAACUGCCUGGAAAAGUUCAUCCCGGACCACAGUGAAGGCGUUGUAGAAACAGACUCCAUUUUAGAAGCAGCUGUAAAUAGUAUCCUAGAGUGUUAAUAGCAGCCGUCCUCCCUCAGACCCCACCCUGGACCAGUUACAUUUUCUCCCAGCAAAGCAAAUGGAAACGUCUCCUGUCUCCAGCCUGCUUGGUCCUCCAUCACAGGUUAUUCUUUCUAAUCUCGACCCUGUUCUUUUGAAGAGCAAUACGUCAUCGUGGCUGCAGGGAGACCCCUCGCAAACCACCCCUCUCUAGAAAGCAGUGCGAUAGGCCCCACACAUUUCAAGUGUUCCGAAAGUGCUUGUGGCCGUGGUUGUUGGUUUGUUUGUUUUGUGGUUGGUUUGUUUUAGCAGUGUCACUCAAUGAGACCACAGUAUACUUGGCCCUGGGUAAAAUUUUGACAAUCAUAAGUCAUUUCAAAAGAACAGACUUAUUAAAGAAAAAUCAAACAGGCCUGAUAGAAGCUACUUUUUUAAAGAAUUUCUCACUGCAGCUCCAAAGUAGUGGCUUGAUUUUG